CUUCUCCAGUCAACAAGGAAAUUCAACCGAUGGAGGAGAAACGACAUUAACCAGCUCUCGCCUCCUCUGCUCCCCUCGUCGUAAACCCGUGAGAUAUCGCCGUUGUUGGACAUCACCUGUCGGGAUGGCGAUGUCGACAUUUCAGAAGGUGACUCUCGCGACGUGUCUCGUGCUGUGCGUCGCUCUGCUGCUUCCCAAAAUGCUGCUGUCACGCGGGAGGAAGGAUGCUGCUGAGCGGCCGGAGGGUUCAGGUCGCCUCCCUCCGAUGAUGCACCGUCAGGCGGCCCCGGAGGGUCGAGGCCAGAGGGCCGCAGGCUCCGGCUUCUCCAGAGCCAACAACCCCGAGGUAGCCAGAGCCAAAGGAGCAGGAACGGGGGUAGGAACCGGGGGCAAAUCCAACCUGGCAGGACAGAUCAUCCCUGUGUACGGCUUUGGGAUCUUAUUCUACAUCCUCUACAUACUGUUUAAGAUCACAUCUAAAGGAAACAGCAAGCCAUCAGAGAGCAGGUUUCCUUCGGUUCGUUCUGAGAACAUGAAGAGAAAGAUCACUGACUUUGAGUUGGCUCAGCUGCAGGAGAAACUGAGGGAAACAGAGUUGGUGAUGGAGAAUAUUGUUUCCAACGCUCACCACAGUCCUGACAGGGUGAAGGGGGUGACGGCGGAUCAGGAGGAGAGUCUCCUGCAGCAGCUGACAGAGAUAACGCGGGUGAUGCAGGAAGGGCAGCUGGUGGACAACAUGGCUCCAGAGAAGAAGACCGAGGACGACUGGGAAGUGCCCACAGGUUAUCCUGAGGAGCCUCAGCAGUACUGGGAACCUUCCCACUGCUGUUGUCAGCACCACAGUCCACAGACGGAGGCCGAGAGGACACAAACUGAUGCUGCUGACCUGGAGAACAUCCCUGAUGAUGUUACAGGAGGAGCAGAGGCUGAGGAAACGGAGGCUCUGAAUGAAGACGCUGUGAGAGAAUGUGAUGUUACAGCAGUAGGUGAAGAGGACGUGGGGCCAGAGAGUGAUUCAGGCGUGAAUGGGAUCGUACGCCAACACAAAGACGGAGGGGGUCAAAUCGAUCUGGGUGUCCCAGAGGAGGACCUGGCUGGAGUCCUGAAGGAGCUGGAGCUCUCGCUGAAGAUGACGUCCAUGAUGGAACAGGAGAAGAUGGAGGACCUCAGCAGGUCGGCGGAGACAGAAACUUCCUGCGGCGCGGUCAGACGAAGGAGUAAGAGGAGGAGAGCAAAGAAAACCUCACAGUGACUUCCACCAUGCCUGCACAUAAACUCAAGCCUGGGCCUGCUGUUUGUGAGGACAGCUUCUUUUUGAAAUCUGUUCAGAUGAAAGUUGGUGAAUGCAUGAAAUCGUGUCAACAGCCUUCUUUGUCUUUACUUGAAAUGAAUAUGAGAGAAAAUGUGUGUUAAGGCUGUAGUUUUAUAUCACUAAUUAGUUUGAUCGUUUGGCCAAUCUCUGAACCCAUCGGCUAUCGCCAACGGCAACGGCCAGUGUUUCGGAGCUUCUAGCGAAUAUCUCGAUAAUGGAUACCCGGGGCAAGACUUUUUAUGCACCGGUCAUUGUUUACAGUCCAAUUAGCAAUAUCCAUUUGGUAUGAUAGAAAUGUAAGCUCUAUGAACAUAUAUUUAUGUAUGAAUGCAGAUAAAUAAAUAAAAAAGGUAAUAAAAAUCUAAAGCUUUGUCAGACGAUUGCUCAAGGGUUCCGAGAUUGCAUUUCGAACAAUGUUUUUUUCACUUCUUUUGCUCUCCGGAACACGGACUGUUUACCUGUAUGCAACCAAAUCCCGCUCAAACGUCAGUGGUCAAUACUACUCAGACGAACGGAAACCAGAAUGCUUCCACUACCACAGCCUUGCCCCUUGCCUACAGAUUCUGCAUUAAGAAAGAGGUUUUCCUCUUAUUGAAACUUACUUUAUAGACAUAUUUCAACAUUUAUACCAGUCUGCUUAAUGUAUAAAUUCAUUACUUUUUAAACAAUUUCAUUUAAACCAACAUGGAGAUGCUUCCAGGACUCUAGGUCAAGAUUUGAUGUAAAAAUGUAUUCAAAAGUUAGACGUCCUGUCUGUGAACAAACCCAGUAUUUAAUUCUGUCAGAUGAAUGUUGAUUAUUCAACAUAUUUAAUCUGUUAAGGCCUUUAUCUCAGCCUCUGUUCCUAUAAAAUCAUUAAGUUUUUUAAUGGUUUUAUUAAAGGUGGUUUUAAUUCAUAUGAAUAAGUUAAAGAACAACUGCAUUUGGCCACUUCAAAACAUAAACACCAGAAAUAAGUAAAUAAUACGACGUGGGCAGUAGUCAUGCAGUUGAUGGAUGAAAGAUCUGUUUAAAUUAUCACAUUACUUACAACACUGUAAUUUACUGGGGUGUUUGUGCCUUUUCUCACCUUUGUGUGUGUUGAAAUCACAAAACAUUAAAACUGCUUGUGGUCUG